CGUCGUGUAUGUGCAUGUGUGGACACGCACAGUCUCGGGUAGGUCGAUAGAAAGAUUUUAAGGAAAUUAUAAGAGAAAAUUUUAAAUUUUCCCUAUAAGGCUGUUAUCACAUCUAUUUCGGACUCGUAAAAUCCUUCGCCUGAUGAAAGGAAAUCUUCAAGAUUCUGGAAAGAGACUCUGAGACUUGCUGAUGCUGACCAAGGCUAUGACAGAGGUGGGCAAGAUUGACCACCGUCUUCCAAGCCGGGCCCCAUCUACCACUAAGUGCCGCAUCUUGUACGACAUUCCUUGCAAGGUGUGUCAAGAUCACUCGUCUGGGAAGCAUUAUGGGAUCUUCGCUUGCGAUGGCUGCGCUGGAUUCUUCAAGAGGUCAAUUCGUCGACAGAGGCAGUAUGUGUGCAAGAGCAAGGGAGAGGGCGGGUGUCUGGUAGACAAGACUCACCGUAAUCAGUGUCGAGCUUGUAGACUCUCCAAGUGUCUACAAGCUGGCAUGAACAAGGAUGCCGUGCAGCACGAGCGAGGUCCAAGGAACUCCACUCUACGCCGUCAGAUGUCCCUAUACUUCAGGGAUCCCAGUCCUGACUCACCUCCGCCCCGCCCCAGAAGCCCCACUCCGCCGGAACCCAACCACUCUCGAACCCCACCGUCCACCGUCACUCACAUGCCACCUGUCACUGUCAGUGCCGCUCUGGCACUGCCCUUUCCCCUUCCACCUCAGCCUCCACCACUCGACCUCAAGAUCUCCUUCCCACCUCGACAUCCUGCCCCGACGGGAGGCGGCAGCACACACCUGGAACUGGUUCGACCUCCGCCAGAAAUCACGGCACUCACGCUGGACCGCAUGCAUAUGUUGACCACAAGAGCCACCACUCUCCUGGCACCAACACCCAAGUACCCACACGAGCUGGCACUGCCUGUGAUGUCAGCAGACAGCGUGUGCGAAACAGCUGCCAGACUCCUCUUUAUGAAUGUCCGCUGGACGAAACAGCUGCCUGCCUACACUGCCCUUCCCUUCAGAGACCAGCUGUUGCUGUUAGAGGAAGGCUGGAGAGAGCUGUUUGUGCUGUCAGCUGCACAGUUCCUUCUUCCCGUGGAGGCUGGACCACUACUGGCCUCCUGUGGUCUCAGUGGUGAGACCUCGGAAAGACUCCUGCCUAUCCUACAGGAUAUCAAGCUCUUUCAAGACAUCCUCAGCAAGUUCAAGACUAUGUGUGUCGAUCCUACUGAGUACGCCUGUCUCAAGGCUAUUGUACUCUUCAAGACAGUGUGGGAGAGUGGCGGUGUGGAGGUGAAGGCACUGCGGGACCUAGGAGCAGUGACAGCACUGCAGGACCAGGCACAGCUCACCCUCAACAAGUACAUCACCUCAGCCUACCCAACCCAGCCCUUCAGGUUUGGUAAACUGUUGCUGUUGCUGCCGUCACUCAGAGCUGUGGGGAGUCGAACCAUACAAGAACUGUUCUUCAGAAGAACCAUCGGUGCAAUACCCAUCGAGCGGAUCAUCUGUGACAUGUACAAGACUGCAGACUUUUGAAACCCAAAUUUUGAAAAAUAUUUA